UUCUGUUUGCAUGCAAAUAAAAAAGGGUUUAUUGAAGAUUGUAAACCACAUAAAAUAAUUUUGACUAGUCUCAUGUAAAGGUGUCUGCAGUGGUACCUUGCAACAGUCUUGGGCCUAUUCCAGCAAGAUUUGAUUUAAUCCAUGCUGCAGUUAGUGUUUCCUUUGGAACUGCAGUGUUCUUCUCAGAAAGAUGUUCAGGCUUCAUCUCUUAUUUGCUAAGUAGACACCAAUUAGGUUUGUGUUCAGAGAUGUUGACAAGGCCAGUGCUGUAGAUACUUAAACAGAAAACAACAAAAAGCCAUGCACAAACCAGAGGAAUUCUUGCUGGCAGUUCAAGAAUGCUUGCACAGGGCCAUGGGGUAUUUGACUCAGAUUCUGAGCUGUUGCUUGCCUCCAGCUCAGACUCUCUCAUCUUGCAGUACAAUUAUUCUGUAGAAGGUCAAAAAAAAAUUAGAUUUUUUUGAUGUUCUCUCCAAGCAGCUCCAAGACUCAGCGAAAGAGCUCUCAGGAUGCCAGAGCCAGCGAAGUCAACCUCAGCCCCCAAAAAGGGCUCCAAGAAAGCCGUGACAAAGACCCAGAAGAAGGGUGAUAAAAAGCGUCACAAAAGCAGGAAAGAGAGCUACUCCAUCUACGUCUACAAGGUGCUGAAGCAGGUGCAUCCUGACACGGGCAUCUCCUCCAAGGCCAUGGGCAUCAUGAACUCCUUCGUCAACGACAUCUUCGAGCGCAUCGCCGGCGAGGCCUCGCGCCUGGCGCACUACAACAAGCGCUCCACCAUCACGUCGCGGGAGAUCCAGACGGCCGUGCGCCUGCUGCUCCCGGGAGAGCUGGCCAAGCACGCCGUGUCCGAGGGCACCAAGGCUGUCACCAAGUACACCAGCUCCAAAUAGCCCCACAGCCCCUCUGCGGCGGGGCCGUCGAGCGCCGGGCCCUCCACGCAAGCACGGGUAGGCAGCCAUGGUCUGGGCGAAUGGUCACAGCUAUUAUCCACAGCAGCUUCCAGCCUGGGAGUGGGCAUGGGAAGCUGCCCAGAGGAAGAGGAGACGGCGAGCUGGAUGUCAGCUGAUUUUCAUAGUCUGCUCUGGAUGUGGAAAGGAUUUGUUGAGGCUGGUAGUGGAGGCCCCUGCUUUCACAUUUCAUUUGAAGAACUGACCAACCAUAGUAUAACCAGUCUCCUCUGCGCUUGGCAAACAUUCACGUUUGGCACUGGGAGGGGGGGCUGGCAGCAGCAACACAGAGACACCAUCACUGAAGUCUUCCUGUUUGACUGCUUUCUCACAGUCAUCUGAUAUGGGUACUGAGGAGUCAGCGCUGCAUCCUCUCUCCCAGAGCCUGAAUCCCUCCUGCUGUGCAGUGGCUCAGCCCACCCUGUGCUGGCAGGAGUGGCAUCAACAGCUACCAGGCACAUAUUGAUUCAACAGCUAUCUGUGCUUGACAGCCUGUUUUAAAGAGCAAGCCUGGCAGGCACGCAGAUGCCCACGUUGAUACCAAGUGCUAAUCCUCCUCCUUGCUCCUGAUGGAUGAGCCAUGGAGCAGGAUGAGGGUGCUGGCACUGGAGCUGCCCACUGCCUCCCACCUUGUGCUGAGGUGGAGGGAUGGACAAGGUGGGAUGUUGGGAACUGGUCUCUUAUCUUUUCUGGCUGCUGCUUUGCCUGCCUUAAGAUUUGCUUUGGCAUUCAAGACAUUGCUAAUUCUGCUGCUUUUCAGAGACUUUUCCUGCCUUGAUGAUGCCUGGAUGCUCCCUUCCACCAUAAAUACAGGCAAGAUGGGGUGGUGCCUAUGGGGGUCCCCUCUCCUGUGAGCAAUAGGGUGGUAGAACAAACAGCACAGAUGUUUUGGGCAGGGACCUAGGAUUUGGGAAGGUGUCUGGUGCGGGAGCAGAGGUGGUUAGUGCAUUUUGAGGGCUGGGAGGAAGCUGGCUCCCCGCAGAGAUCACUGCAGGCAGCUUGCCUGGCCCUCCCUAAUUCAUUCAGCAGUUAGAAAGCAAAAGCAAAACUGGGGGCUGGGUGGCUAUAUAGGGACACUGGCCUGCGUCCCAGAUAUUUAAAAUACUAAAUAGUUUUAAACUACUUUAGAUAUUCUCCAUAUCUUUUCAAAGUCCACAAUAAGGUGAGCAAUAAUAAAAUCGUGAUAAAGCCAUAGAGGUUAAGGGAGGAAUGUCUUGGUUACAGGUUUAUCUUGACCAGACUGCUUGAUAGCAGAAGGGCCUGUGUAGAACUGGUGUGAAGUUGAAGCUUCCUACGCAAAACACAAAAUUAGCCAACAUUAAAAAAAAAUCAAAGUCUCUGGUAGGCAGUAACACUCAAAUAAAAAAUAUUCGUGUCUAAAAUAACAACAGCUUUCUGCAACUUAAUCUGUAAAUAAAAGGAGCAGCAAAGAAAUAGGAUCCAGAACUAAGUGCAGAUUCUCCCUAAGCUUCAGGACGGUGUUUUUAAUAAAAAGGUAAAUUCAUAUCCCAAAAUAGCAGCCAUGCAGUACAUUUCUGCCUUCCCCUGCAUUUAUCUCUAUCCUCUUUCUUUACACUUUGAGAGUGAUUGGGACCUUUGAUAAAUUUAUUGCCUUUGGAGCUGUAAGACUCUGCAGCUCCAGAAGAUUCGCAUUGCAGUCAUUUUUCCAGUUGAUCUGAGGAGAGGACUGCACAGCCCUGCUCAGACACCUGAGAGCAGCCUGGGGUCUCGUGUGGUCUCUGUGAAAGAGUGAAGGUCAUUUUGUUUAUGGGCUGCUCCCACACCCCUGCUUUGGGUAUCAGCACCCCACACUUGAAAAGGGGCUUUGCUCCCAUGCUCUGCUCAGCAAUACCUCUCAGCUGUGUUUCAUAGCCUAAUGCCAGCAGGAAUCUCUGCUGAGAGCUCCCAGAAAGAAUGAAACCCAGCUCCCUGGGUGCCAGCACCCACAAGGAGCAGCUCCCAGCAGCAGCACCUGUGUUCAGUAUCAGUGGUAACCUGGGCCUCUUGGCCAGGACACUUUGCAGGUGACAGCUUAGUGCUCCUUUUGUUUUUGAUCAAAUAGUCAAAAUCAGAUACCAAAGAUUGACAUGUACCUGCAGUGGGCCUAGAGCCACCAUCCUUGACGCCUCCACCACAAGAAAUCCAGGCAGUGGAUGAUGCAUCAGGGAUGCUGUUGGGAGUGAGGGGCUGGAUGGCAUUGCUGGAGCUUCCCUCUUCUGUCUUUAUGAACUGCAGGUCAGAAUUCAUCUCCUUGAGGAAUCCUCUUGAAGGCAGGAAUUCAGAGUGGAAUGAACCCACUCCAGUCCAAGCAGUGUUUGAGCCAGGAUGCACAUCUCCCAGGAUUACCUGGCACAGCCUCUAAACUCUUGCUUUUUUGUGCAGAGCAGACUCCCACUUUAAUCUCCACAGGCUUCAAGAAAUCAGGAAAAUAAAAUGAGGUAUUGGCCCUCCAGGGUCUCCUGGGCAGCUCAGGGGACCAAGUGUGAGGCUGGGCACUCAGACUAGAGCUGCUCACUCCAUACUCAUACUCAGAGUACUGGUCCCAUUUCCUUCUGCCACUGUUGUCAUUCUCCAUUUUUGGAGAUUAUUUCAGAGAGGGGAGAACCAGUGAUUUAAAGCUACAAAAAUACUUGAAGGCUUAAACAUUUUUAUAUUGUCUAAAGCCAAGUGACUGAGAUUGAUCAUGUCCAUGCAUUUAUAGUUUAGGUUUUCCUUUUAUGCACCAUCUGCACUUUACUGUCCAUUUGUAUUUUUUUUCACUCACUCCUGACACUAUGAAGCAUAGGAUUGAGGAACCUAUCCAUGUUAAAACAAACCUUUUUUAGUGUUUUCCUUUCUUUCAAGCUUUGUUUUAACCCUGUUCUGGCCGCUGCUCAGUUCUGUCACUGUUGUACAGACAUUUGUGCCAACAGAGAGAAGAAAUUGUCCAGGAAAGGCAGGGCUGGUAUAAGCUAGGACUGACACAGAAGCCAUUGGGAAGUUAAUGCACAGGACACCAUCCACAGCAGUUAAAUGGGAAUUAGUUUGAACGUGAUGAGCUUGGGCUGAGCCUUAAUAUUAGAGGCAAUAGAAGUGGUUGAUUGUCCACUAAAUAAUCUGAGGUGUGACAUACUUCACAGUUUCUUGGUAAGGAGGUUGGCUGCAGAAGAUGGAUACUGUACUACAGGAUCUGUGCUUUUUCAAGAAUACGUAUUUCCACCUCUGGAAUUGAGAAAAUGUUUUGAAACUAAAGACAAUAUACCAAGCUCCACUGUUCCUACCUGAUUCCUGCAGUCCCACAAGCAUCUCUGGUCCGUUCCUGUGUUUUGCCAGGCAAAUUUUAAAAAAAUUAAAUCAACUACAGAUUGAAAGUUGGAAAGGAAGAUGAAAAAGGUAAUACAGCCUUGAUAUUAACCUCUUAUUAACCCCAAGGAUAUCACUGCACUGAGUUACUUGUUUUCAUGUACAAGUUAAAAGAGAUAACAAGCUAUUAUAGAUCUUCUGAUUUCCCAGCCUGCUUCCCUAGAAGGGCCUGAAGUCCAGCUGCCUUUCACAGCAGGGUUCAACCUAUAGAGGAACUGAGUGGUCACCUGCAUGGAGGCUUGCUCCUGUUCAGGGUAGAUAGGUUUUUAGUCAAGCAUGGGGAAAACAAAAACAAGUGUGGAGAACAAGUGCCUGUCCUGGACACAGCUGUGGUCCCACAAAGGGACACUAAAGAGUCCUGUCCGGUGGCGCUGUGUGGCCUGUGCACCCUUCAUUCUGGUGACAGGCAGCCAUAUGGGUAGCCCCAAGUCCUGCCACCCCUGAGUGAGUUUGGCAUGGCCUUUGCACAGCCCUGAGAAUUUGUUCCAUCAUAGCGUUUCCUGACAGUUUACAUCCAAAUGAAAUUGUUUACAGGGAAAGGAAGAAUGGGAAGUGAAUAAUAAAAAUCACUUACUGACAGAAUUUGGAGAGUUUCCUGGGACCGCCACCUGGGGAGCAAUCUUUCAUGCUUACUCCAUGCAUGGUAUCUCGUGGGCUAUGUACACAGAGUUUUUCUGACAAUAAGUGUUACAUCAAGUAUGAUCCAUGUUAUAUUGCUACUGGGUUAUGACCUUAGUGCUAAUUACCUGCUUUCUGUUAAAUGUCUAAAUAAAAUGUAACUUCCAACCUG